CCAUCAAUCAGUUUUGAAUGUAAUCAGUGAUUGGCACAUUGCUAACUUUUGUACAUCUUGGAUUUUUCAGCGUAUUAGUGUUCCUUAACCUCUUUCCCAACAAAAGGUUCAGGUUAUCAUCAACCAAUUUGUUUUCUUAUGGCAGGAAAUUUGGGCUGGAAUUUUAGCAAACCCUGAUGUGCUAGAAGAUACUGACUUCUUUAAAGCUGGUGCUGGGUCUAUGGAUGUUACCAGGUACAUGUCCUGCUUACUGUACUCUUCUCUCUUUAAUAUACACUGGUUUCAGUUUGCACUGGCCUGGGGUCUUUCUGGGCCAAGGCUUCUUCAUGCUUCUUCUCGUAUGCUGACGUCCAAGCUUACUGUUAACAUGUUAAAUAUAAUGUAAAGAGGGUACGUCUCUGUUGUCCUCUAAUCCACGACAGUACAUUUCAUUCAUCCCACACAGCCGUGACAGGAAAUGGGAAAAAGGAAGACACUUGCACAUUCACUAUACAACCAAGUACUUCUUCUACUAUCUUCACCUACCUCUUUUCCCUGCCCAUUAAUGAAGCCUUUUAAUUAGUCCAAGAUAAUGCCCUAAAUCACAUUUCAUGAAAACUUUUAGACAUGAGAAAGCACUGUUAAUUAGGUUUUAUUUGAAUUGUUACACUUUACGAUUAUGCAUUCUAUUAUCUUUAAGGACUGAUAAAGUCAGGGACUUUAUCCCAGUUGGUGAAAACCUUGCCUUUUGUGUUUGGAAUGAAAUUAUUGGUUUUUAGAAAUUGUUUCUAAUGAAACUACAUCUUAUGAAUGUCCCUUUUUGUUAUUACCGGUGUCAUACUUUCUGAUAACAGUGUAAUGUUUAUUUGUAGGCUUGUUGAAGAAGUCAAGGAUGCAUGCUCAGUCACUCUGGAGACUGACGAUAUUUACAUGAAUACAAGGUACUAUUUUCAUUAGCAUUUUCUACACAAAUUGUUAUUUUUCGUUUUCUUCCUAGAUACUGGGAUCAGCGUACCCCAACGUGCAUGCCCUGGUGAAAAUGCUCCUGUCUCAGUAAUUUUUUUAUCAUGAAAACAUGACAUUGAAAAAUCUCAGUCCCAUUUGUUGUUUUUGAUUCCAGGUAUGGAGAUUUUGUUCGCUUGGCUGUCUUGCAUUCUCGUGGUGGAGGCCAUCAAGAGUUCACUUGUAACACUGUAAGUACUUUAAAAACUAAAACUUUGGCAGUAAAGGUUAAAAUUACGUACAUACUGAUUCUGAAGUGAAGUUUGCAUGUGGAGAAUGUUACUCAAUGCCCAUCUAAGACUCCCAUAUCAAACGAUUAAAUAAAGGAAUGGUUGUGAAAGAUUUUGUAAAAAAAGAAAAACAAUGUACAAAUGUUCAUAUUUAGCAUCUUGUUUGAUGAGUAUGCCUUAAGUUUGUUUUCGUUACUUGAGGGUGCCAAUUCUAUACUGAGGGAUAUUAGGGUUUGCAGGAUUGUUGUGUUGGACAAUUUUUCAGUAAAUUAUUUGCCAUAACUUAUCACAAUUCAAAAUUAUUUUAGAAAAAUUAUUCUGGUAUUUUUGCCAAUAUAUAACUCACCACUUGGCAUCCCCUGCUCCAUGAAAACGCAUUCUUGUGUUUCUGUAUAUUCUUGAGAUUACAGUGCCACAUCUUUUUUUUAAAUUUGUUUGGUGUUUUUUACAGCUUUUACACGAUCUGUGACAUAACAAUAAUCCUUAUUUUACUUUCAGUUUGACGUGGAAGUGAAUAACAUGACAGUUCACAUGCCCCACCAACUGUUCAUUGAUGGUGAAUUUGUGGAUUCCUCCACUGGCCGCACAUUUGAUGCCAUUAACCCAAACGAUGGCUCAGUAAGUACAUGCAUAAAUUCAUGUUGAUAAACAAUAUCUAAUAAUUACUGGAGUUUUGUGUUUUGGUAUUUUUGUAGACUUACUUAAAUAUUUGUGCUCAUGUUGCUAGUUAAAGGUUUGAGUAAAAAUAAUAAGGACCUUAUCACCUUUUGGUUAAUGUUGCCUCCUCUCUUUGUUUGACAACAAAAUGCAAGGCAAUUUAUUUUAGAUGGAUAUUUGUUUUCUAGGUUAUUACAAAAGUUUCCUUUGCCUCCACUGAGGAUGUAGACAAAGCUGUUGCUGCUGCAAAGGUUGGAUAUUCUAUUACAUUGUAGUUUUUAAAUAACUGUUGUUGAAUUGUUGUGCAAUGUGGUCAUAUUAAUUUUGGUAUAUGUUACUGAUUACUUGAGAUCCUAGCAAAUACCUACAGACUGUCAUUUUUCCACAUCAGCAGAGAGUAAUAUCUAGUGAUUUUACCUGUUUAAGUUUUGCACCAAAAUGGAACAAAGUUAAUGGUCUGCAUUACAGAGCUGUCCACAUGAUAGAGAUAGGGUUUGUAAUGUUUGAGGUGUAUUAUCUGUGCAACCAAAAGAGCUCUUCAUAAAACAGAGGUGUCUUUGCAUAUAGAGUCUAUAUGAAGAGGUUUAACUGUGUUGUGUUUGUUGUAUCUUUGUAGGAAGCCUUCUAUAAUGGGCCUUGGGGAACCAUGAAUGCUAGAGAUCGUGGUCACCUUAUGUACAAGUAAGCUUUAUAGCAGAAUAGUAGUAUUUAACCCACAGGAUUGUAGCGGUAGCUUACCUUCCAAGCUCUCAUCCAGGACAGAUACUUCUGCUAGUGCUCUACAUUCUCGCAUUUGUGUAUUUAUUUCCUGAAAACAUGACCUGCCUAGAUUAGCAUAGCUACCCGCGGGCAUGUUAAAAGUAAAAAAUGUUUGUAUGUAUGAAACUAUAACUUCAGCGGAGUUCAGGCUUGAGAAGUAUCAUCAUUUAUUACGACAGUGCUGUUCCGUAUGGUCUGAAAUAAUUUCAGGACCACCCUCAACAGGCAACUUUAGUGAUGGACUUGUGAAGUUAUAGUCAAUGCUCUUCAAUCAAAUGAGUUGAGCAAUGAAAUGCAUUCUACCCAGAAUACAAAUAUGUUUGUAUCUAUGUUUAUUUCAUAAAUACAUGUUUAUUGAUCUUAUUGUUACUUGUUUUGACUGUCUUUGUCCACUUUUCUUACAAAGACUGGCUGAACUAAUGGAAGAACACAAAGAGGAACUGGCGACAAUAGAAUCACUGGAUUCCGGUGCAGUUUAUACAUUGGCCCUCAAGACUCACAUUGGCAUGUCUAUUGACACAAUGAGAUACUUUGCAGGAUGGGCUGACAAGAUUCAGGUAAAAUUAAAAGAAAACAGUCUGCCUACUUUUUUCUUACAUCAACAGUGCUUUAAAUCAAGCGAAUAAUACAAAUACACUGUAUGUCCAGUACUUUGCCUCUGACUCUAUGAAAUUCAGGGUCCUAGGUACUUAAAAUUUUUUUGGUGCCAAGACUACAGAUUUCCUGAUCACCCAGAGGCAAAAAUUAAUUAAGUCAUCACUGCUUGAGCACAACCCUGCUUCUGUGAGCUCAUCAAGGAAGUUGUUUUUGAUGUGUCACAAGAAGUUAUAAAUCCUGCUAAUUUCAGCCUCUCUGUCAAAAAAAAAAAAACAUGCCUCCAUGCUUAAAAACAUUGCCUAACUAUCUGUCAGCUCUGCUGCAGGUGACCAGCAUGUGAUUUUGUCUUCUUUAUAAUGUCACUGUUUAGUCAAACACAUACAAUGUAGCAUGUGGAAGGGUCUUGGUUUCAAACAUGUUAAGUUCCUCCGAGUAAAUCAGUGCCAUUAGAAAUUUACAUGUAAAGAGUACAGCCUUGUGGAAAGUAUAAGGGUUAAUAACGAUAUUUAGGGUUUAAAGCUAAUUUUUGUUAGCAAGAUUUUGAUCUCACUUGUUGUCUUGAUCUUUGUCUGAUUAGGGGCUGACAAUUCCUAUCAAUAAUGCCAAACCGAACCGAAACCUGUCCUUUACCAAACGUGUGCCUAUUGGGUAGGUAUUGAGUUGUAUGCUUCUUGGUCGUAUCCACCUGUAGAGUAUUCCCAGCUAAGGAGACUGGGAAAUAUUUUUAAUAGACUUUUUCAGUACGUAUCCUUGAUGGCCAAUGCUACUUGAUUAAAAGGUUACCAUAGCAGCCUUGUUCUACUCUGGUAAAUUAAAGAUUCCCUUUUAUAUAAUCUAUUAAAUAAAUCUAGAUCUUUUGAUGCUUGAUCCCCAAUAUUAUGGACAGGUAAUCAGCAUGUUAUAAUAUGAUACAGCAGGGCUAAAAAUUGGUCACCUGACCGUGUGAUCUGCAAACAGGCCAGGCUGACUAAAAGUUGAGGUUUGAUCACCUGAUAUGUGCCACUACAAUUCAAAAGCAUUGCCAUAUUGUGGAGUACAAAGUGAUCAAUUUGUCAGAAGUAGUUUUAUUUACUUUUUUGGGUUCUUUUCUUCAACUUUAAAAUUUCAUGAAUAUCAAGUUUUGAAGUGAAAAAUUCUAUAAGCAGUUCACGAGUACAUGUGUUAGUCCGACCAAUCCACACUGAUGAUGCCAUUUUGAUGUUAUUUGUCACUUGACUCUAAACUCCAACCCAGGUUAUCUGAGCUCCGUUUUGAGGUUGCAUCACUUUAACAAUAGUUAUAGUGAACAGGACAUCAAGGGUCACUAUUUUGACCUAGGCCACUAGCUAAGAAUUCUAGAAAAACUGCCUCAGUUGGCCACCAAGCACUGCCCAGGUCCUAAUAUCCAUAUACAAAUUCCCCAGACUGAUUUCCAUACAUUUCCGUAAAGGCUAACUAUAGAGAAUUGAUAAGAGAUCAGAGCAUAUCCCUGAUCAUUUUAUUAACUCUCAUAACCAUUUCCCUUGAAUAUUGAAUUCCCUUGAAUUUCCCUUGUACUGAUGUUACUACGUGAAAAAUUAUGUUGGUCUCUUAAGACUUAAGGGUUGAUUUUUAGCCCUGGUACAGUACUUUCCCUUGAAAAUUUGCUAUUGCCCUUUUCCAUAUUGCUUUUUAAGGUCAUAGUUGAGGCUUCACUCUAAUGCCAGAAUGGCUGUGAUCUCUGUGUUGAUGUGGUUGCACUUCCUUCUCCACACAUGGCAUGUUUGCCUUGUAAAAAAGGAAGUAUAUAGCAUUUAAGGUACAGUAAUGUUCAUUUGUACAUUGGGGCAAAUAAAAUUCUGAUUACAGUCUACAGACACCUCCAGGCGAUCAAGUCUUUAUUUCCAAUAGUUUACUUGGUCCCACAGUUACAAAAAAAAAUUUAUUAUUUGUACCCCUAAAAUGAUGACUCCUCGGAACUCUUGGGUAUUAAAUUUUAAAAUUAUGUCACGUUGGUGUCUUUAUUAAAGGGGUGUGGCUGUAUUUAUGAAUUACGUGUUGUUAUGCCUUUCAAAUUUGAUUAAAAAUUACCAAAGACCAGAAAAUGGGCUCUAAUAAGAAGAUUGGCUUUCUCAACAAAAAAUAUAUGUGUUUUUCUUCGUUUAGCAGUGAAGGUGUAUCAUUUUCUGUUUAGUGGUUGUUCUUCCUUCUCCACUCACGGCAACUUUUUGUUGUGAUAAAAAGGAAGUUGUUUAUUAUUUUUUAAUUAGUUAAUGUUUCCAUUUAGGCAUCAUCAUCAUCAUCAUCAUCAUCAUCACAGUUAUUAUCAUAAUCAUCAUCAUUAUUAUCAUUUUGUGCAUGACUAAUUACACAUUAAUAGAGGGUAAUGUUUUUACCUGGGCCAUGGGUAGAUUCAGGAAUAUCAGUCAUUAUGACAGGGGUUCCACACAUUGUUAAAACUGAUAGGUUUUGUAUAGCUUUUGUCUCACAAUUUGUCACUUCCUGAUUGCACAUUUUAACCGCUAACGACUGAUCUUAAGCAGGUGAUGGCAUCAGCUGUGUGGGACUGAUGGUAGCACAUUCAUUAAUUUCUGCACUAAGUUAUCAUUACACAUAAACUUUCAAUAAAUUCAACCAAGUAUGCAGACUUAUUAUUCAGUGGCAAAAAUUCCAGUUUCCAACCAUUUAGUUCACUAAAAAGAGUUUUUAGAGAUUGAUGGUGUAUUUGGGGGAAUGGGCAGGACCCCUCCUCCCCACCUUUACCCCCAGAUGAGCCACUGUACCCAGGGAGUAAGUUUAACCCUUUCACUGCCAAAUUUAGCUGAAAGGAAAUUUUGACGAAAUUUCCAAAUUUCAUUUUGUGAAAUUUUGAAAAACAAAUAGCGCCAUGUGAAAGUACAGGCAGAGAGCUUUCAUUUGAAUGGUCACAUCAUAGGAUUUCGCCCGUCUUACAAAACUCCAUCAAGCACACUGGCAGUGAAAGGGUUAAGGAUUAGAUGAAAAGGUUUAAGUGUUUUCACUUUUGCUUAAUAUAUGCAGUUCUUUUUUUUUAAGGUAAUGUGAAUAAUUGUGUUUGUUGUAGUGUGUGUGGUCUGAUUGUGCCAUGGAACUAUCCACUGAUGAUGUUGGCGUGGAAGAUCUCCCCUCUGUUAGCUGCUGGCAAUACAGUAGUUCUCAAACCAGCCCAGGUAAAUGCAAUAUACAGUUUGUUUCUCCACAUUAAGGCAAGUCAUACAAGUACUUGGUGUUGCCUGAUAGAAAUUGUGAGGAAUACAGUCAAUUCCUGGUAACUCGAACUUUCUAGGGAAAUUGCAAAAAUAAAUUCAAAAAUUAUUUGAAGAAAUAAAUUCAAUGUUUUGGACUUCAUUGUACUAUUUUUGUUGUUGUUGUUGUUUUUGACUUUUCACGCACUAAAAACAGGUUUCAGUUAUUGAGGUUAGAAUUUUUUAGACGGUAAAUGUAUGUUCGAGUAAGCAAGGGUUUGAGUACAAUAAUUUGUUAGUAUAGACUGUAAUUAAAAAGUAAAAGUAAAACCAGGAGUUGUUUUCAACACUAAAAAAGUGUUGUCUGGCCUUAUAUUGAAUUGGACUGUUAUUAGUAAGUGGUGCGUGGGAAGUAUUAUUUUUAUAGUGUUUGAAUGUUUUUAUCUGAUUUCCCUUUUAUCUCAAGGUAACGCCUCUGACUGCCCUCAAAUUUGCUGAGCUCUCUGCUAAGGCUGGAUUCCCCAAAGGUGUCAUCAACAUCUUACCAGGAUCAGGUAUUAAACUAGAAAACUCAAUGCUGUAAAAAAAUGUCCCUUACUUGACCAAAGACCUUUAUUUUUUAGUAGUUUUUAUAUUGACCAGUGUAUGUGAGUAGGCUCAAAUUUUUAUACUGUCAAGGCAAAGUGCUCUGAAGGUUUGAAAUCCAGGGUGUCCAGCAUAUGAUUCUUGUGUUCCAACUUGCCCAAAAGUUAGCAAAGCAUAAGAGGCCACUGGGUGAUAUUACAGCACAUAAUACUGUUGUGUCACAAACCUGCGUCUCAGCUUAAUGUUGGGCUAAGGUCUCUGUGUUAAAUGUUUAUGGUGUGGAACCUCUGUUAGGAAGAAUUCGAAUUUCAAGAGCCAACAGUAACAAGUUUGCGUGUCUUCCGUUUUUUCAGGGUCUGUUGUAGGCAACAGUAUCUGUGCUCAUCCUGAUGUGAGAAAAGUUGGUUUUACUGGGUCAACAGAGACUGGAAAAUCUAUCAUGGAAAGGUAAAUUUCAUCCAUUUUUUGGUUACGUUACUUUGUCUCAAGUUUUUCUUAGUGAUGACUAAUUGGGUACAUCAACAACUACCACUACUGAAAUAUUAUUGUGGGAACCACACUGGCCACAGAUAUCCUUCACAUUAGUAAGUUUUUAUUUCAUUUUUUUGUAGUGGCUUCCUUAGCUUAGAAAUAAGUGAAAGCAGUUAUGAUUAAAAUUUUUUCAGCUACAUGUACAGGCCAAGGGAAUUUUCCCCCCAAAUCAAAGAAAAACUUAAGCUAGAAAUUUUGGCUUUAAGAAAGGUGACAGAGAUAUCAAUGUGAGAAAGUGACACCAGUUUUUCAUUUUAUGUACAGUUGUGCUGUCAGCAACUUGAAGAAGUGCUCUUUGGAACUGGGCGGCAAAUCUCCACUGAUUAUUUUCCAUGAUUGUGACAUGGAUAGAGCUGUGAGACAGGUUAGAACAUGAUACUGCAUGCUCUUAAGGCCACCCCAGGGGGUGGAGUUAAAUCCCAUAUAAAAAAAAGUGGGGAUGUUCCUUAAAAAACUUGACUUUAACAAGUAGGAGAGACCAAUCUGGGUGUGGCUUAUAAGGCUUUUUUUACCCCUACAAGAUACCAUUGUAAUUCACAAACAGGCAAAUACUGUAAGAGCUACGGCUGUAGGGUAAUAGUUGCAAUAAUAAUGUACCACUUAAUGCUUUCUUUCUGCUGUUCAUUUUCUGCUUCCCUUGUAGCACAACACUUAGUGAUACAUGUAUGGGUAAAAAUUAAUAUAUAUUGUUGUUUCAUUCUGACCACCUAAAAUGAGACCAAAAUCAGCAAUUUACAGGCCUAGGCAAGACCACAAGAGAUGCAUGGAAUAAGUUGUUAGAAAGUGACUCUUGACGUAAUGUUAAAUUCUCCUUUUGAUUAUAAAGUUUACACAAGGCAAUUUGAAAGGAGAAUCUCUGAGCAAAUUAUCAAAAGUCACUGUCACGUAGGGCUUUUUUCACACACCUCCUAUUUAUUUAUUUAUUUUUUAUUUCUCUCACUAUUAUUUUGGAAGUCUCCCUAGACCAUCACCUGGCCUGUGGGUUAGCAAAUGUAUUCAUUCCAUGUUUGUGUUUUUACCUGGCAGGGAAUGAUGGCCUGUAUGUUCAAUAAAGGAGAAAAUUGUAUUGCUGCUGGUCGACUUUUUGUUGAAGCAUCAAUUCAUGAUGAAUUUGUGCACAGAGUGGUAAGUGGUAAGCAGAAUGAUUAUUGGAGUGCAGUGGUGAAAACACUCGCCCAGCCACCAAUGUGGUUCAGGUUCAAGUCCUGCCAGGAAUCAAACAGGUUGGGUGUGGUAUCAAUACCAUAAUGUGGGUUGAGCUUGUUCCGGUUUCAAGAGGUUCCAGAGGUACUCUGGUUUACCCUUCUUGUCAAAACAAACAUUCUGGAAAGUAUGUCCUACAAUACAUGUUUAUUAAUAGACAAAGACACUUAGUGGACCACAUAAUCAUAUUCAGUUCUGGAAACUGUCAAAUGUCACCCUCUCUGAAAAAAAGUAGUUUGCUUUUUUGCUUUAUUUAGCAGCCCUUUUUGCUUCUGGCUCCUUAGGUCUGAGUAACUCACAAGUUACUGAUAUUCGAAAAAUAACUUAUUAAUAAUUAGGUAGGCUAUUGCUUUGUUGUACUCUAGAUAUACUGCCUAUUCUUAUCCAUGUCUGGCCUAGUUAUUUGAAAUUAUCAAGUAUAUAUAAUAAUUGAUUGGUUUUGUAAUUUUGAUGUAUAGGUUGAAGAAAUUAAGAAGUUGAAAAUUGGCGAUCCUCUCGAUCGUUCCACUGAUCAUGGACCUCAGAAUCACAAGUAAGUUGUUUUUCUAGAAACAAAUAUUAUUUUUUCCCAUGAACUGUCUGUGAGUGCAGUGGUUGUAGACCUUUAAUGAUGACACCAACUAGGUUUUAGUGUUGCUUACACCCAAGUAGCUUUGUGUUACAUCCCAAGAGAUAAGAUAUAGAUACCACCUACAUUUCUUAUAAAGCCAUCUUUUACCUUUCAUUAAACUUCUGCAGAGCUCAUCUUGAUUCACUUUUGGAGUUUGUUCACAAAGGAGUUGCUGAAGGAGCCAAGUUAGUUUAUGGCGGCAAGCAAAUUGACAGACCAGGUGAGUGGAGUGAUAAACAUGCAGCAGACUAUGUACAUGUAUGUACAACUAUGUACAUGUAUGUACAUUCCUUUUAACCUCACAAGGUAGCUAUUCAAGGUAUCCAUCCAGUGUUGUUCCUUCAUCAAGGCUGUCACUAAGGGCUAGCCUGAGUACAGAUCCCCCAUCCCCUCAGUAAAAAUCAGGAGGGGAGGGGGAGGGGUCUGUACACAGGCUACUAAGGGCCAGGAGGCUGGCGAUUUCCCCCAGCUGCUAUGAGCAUAAUCCCUGACUACUUUCAGCAGAAAGAAAAGGAGAAUAAAAGCAAAAGGAAUUUCUUUCAUAGCUGUUCGUUUCCCUAUCUACACUGCACUAAUUUACUUAAUACCCAACAACUUGAAAUCUCAACAACAGCCCUGCAUCAUUGGUUAAUGUUACUUGAUUUGACAGGUUUCUAUUUUGAGCCAACUGUUUUCACUGAUGUUCAAGAUGGCACUUUCUUAGCUUCAGAGGAGUCGUUUGGUCCAAUCAUGAUCAUCUCUAAAUUUGAAGAUGGGUAAGUAUGUUAAGCAAAGCAUUGGUUGUAAUGCAGACCUUGUAUCUAAAAGGUUAUGUUUCAUGAUUUUUUAAAUAAUUAAAUGUACAGUCAACUCCCUCUAAGACGGACACCUUUCGGACCGGCAGUAAGUGUCCGUCUUAGAGAGAUGUCCGUCUUAUAGAGAGUCAAAUAAAGGGAGUAAAGAAAGGCAGGGACCAACUUUAGGUGUCCGUUUUAGGGAGGUGUCCGUCUUAUACAGGUGUCCGUUAAGAGAGAGUCGACUGUGAAACCAAAAAGUAAAAGUAAACCCAACCAGAGUGCAUACCCUAAUCUUUUAUAAUUUUUAUUUCAUAUAAAUUAUUAAUUUAUUGAAUUUGUAAUGAUCUUUUUUUUUUUCAGUGACAUUGAUGGUGUUUUGAAGAGUGCUAAUGGAACAGAGUAUGGUCUUGCUUCUGGUGUAUUUACAAAGGAUUUAAGCAAGGUUUGGUUUAAUUUUUUCAAAGCAUCCAUUUGUUUUCAGUUAUUUUACCACUCAUUCCAUGUAUGGUGGAAGCUCUCCCAACAUAUAUUCUUGUAAAUGAACAGCUGUACUUAUGGCUGCCUUCACAAGAUCCUGUUUAUCUCAACUCCCAUACAAACUCUGUAUUUUUACAUUCUCAUAAGUGGCCAGCUCCAGUUACAGACACCUUUAUCAUGUCCUGAGCCCUAAGGUUGUUUGCUCAUGAGAACUUCCACUGUACCUGUAACUUAUAAAAUCUUUUUCCAGUUUGGUCAUCAUUGUUAAAGUAAUAAUGAAAAUAAUAUUGAAUGAUAAUUAUUGUUACUGACAAUAUUUUUGACAACAGCUAUUAUGCACUCUCAUGCUUGCACUUCAGCUACAUUGUAGCUAUGGCAGUUAUGCUAGUCACUGAUAAGUUGUUUUCUUUCCAGGCUUUAAGAGUAGCUGACGGUUUGGAUGCAGGAACUUGCUUUGUCAACACCUACAACAAGACUGAUGUAGCUGCUCCAUUUGGAGGCUUUAAGCAGUCUGGAUUUGGAAAAGAUUUAGGUAGGCUGGUUUCAGUUAUGGAACUGAUGGAACCUAGAAAAAGUUAAGGCAGUGGCUUUGCUGCACAUGCAUGCAUAUUUUAUUCUUGGUUGUGUCUUCAGUUCUUUUUUAAAAGUGUUUAAAAUGUUAUACUACUACGUGAGAAAUUUCUGCAAUUUGAUUGGCUUAGAGUAGUGGACAGUAUUUCAGCUUGAUGUGAAAUACCUACAUGUGAAAAUUACACAACUUUUGUGGGCAGAAGUAUAAACAAAUAAUAGCAUGCUUUGUAUGUGAUAUUUGGCAUAAAUACCACUCGUUAUAUUUCAAAAUUGUCUCAAAUUUCACUCGCCUAAUGGCUCGUGAAAUUACAUAAUGCAAUUUCAAAAUACAAAUCAUGCUAUUACCAAUACAAAUUAAAUCUAAACCAAGGAUAAAAUUGAACCACAACAUAAAAAAAAAACAUACAUCACUUUAGCGGGUGUGUUUCUAAAGACGUCUUGUACUGGUCGACAGUUCUUUAUGUGUAAGCAUUGAGUGGGAUGACUGUACCGACCAUUUCUUUGUGUAUGAGGAAAAGUGUGUUAUCUGUGCAGAUCAGUUCUCUUGAGGCAUGGUCAUCUUGUGGUUAGUUUAGAUUGUGUUUGGUGAUUAAAGUUCUUGCGAGGUUUAUCCCUGGCCACGCAAUCACAUUCUGAUCUCAGAUGAGGUCCUUUCUCUACCAUGUAGUCCGAUACACAUAAUGGCCACAUUGCCAUGGAAACUUUGAUCAACCCAAGUGCAGUAUGUGUGUUAUGACUCUAUGGUCAAGAAAUUUACUACACACUGUCUCCCUCCACCCUGAUGUAAAAAUAUGGAUAAAAUUAAUAACAAUGUAUUGCUCACUGUUAAAAAUAGUGAGAGUUAGGUCAUAAAAUUAUAGCUAAGUGAAAUUUGUCUUACAAUUCAUUCACUCAUUUAUCCAUUCAUUGCCAAAAUAAUAUACUUUUAGCUGUAAUGGUAAUUAUUUGAAUGCUUCAAAUGUCACAAAAAAUUUCACAGAACUGUGUUGAUAUUUUUUCAUUUUAGGGGAGGAGGCACUCAAUGAAUAUCUGAAGACCAAAGUUACUACUGUUGAAUAUUAAAAUCAUAUUCACAUUUCUUUCUACAGACAGGCGUAGCAAUACAUAAUAGGCUGAUUUAGCAACAGAACGGCAACGUCAGUUGACGACUGCUCGCACAUAUCAAACAACUGGAUUGACCAAUGGCAGAGCAGCAAAUUGGGUACCGGAAGUCGAGUUUAGUCCUUUCCGCGCGCUUACCCGUCGUCAAAUGACGUUUCCGUUCUGUUGCUAAAUCAGCCUAACAUCAUUGUGUCUGUGCUGAGCUUAUUCUAUGCUUUUCACUCCAAUCGCAACUAAAAAUCAACUUUAAAAAUCCCAAAUCUCAUCUUCCAAUAAUAUUGACAGACAAGCACCAGAUGAAUGUACUGUCUGGUGAAGAGGAGUU